AUGUUGUCAAAUCCUAAGAGCCCCGAUAACAGCUGUGUAUUUGGAGAUUAUGUUGAGCUCGCCGCAAGGUUUGGCAACGAGGAACUUCUAGAGUAUCUCAUGACGAGCGAAGCAUCCGAUCUCGGCCCAGGGUUAAGAUCUCAACUUUUCCAGUCUGCAGCAAAAGGAUGUCGGAUAGACAUCGUUCGAUUCCUUUACAACUUCCGCAGCGAGGACUGGCCGUGGCAUUUCGAAAGCUCCACAACUUGGGGCAAGGGCCCACUGUACAACAUCCGCGCAAGCGUUCGCGAUCCUCAGAUAUGGGACUUCAUUGAGGCCUUGCGCAUCGCUCAUGGCAUGUAUCCGACCGGUAGGAAACAGCUUUACGGCAGGAUCCGUCAUUGCGCAGCACUUGGCAGGAUGAAUAUGGUUUCGCAUCUAAUCCGAGUCGCCGCACAUACCAAUGAAGAUCGUAAUCGGCACUCAGUCUGCAUGUCUUUCAUAUCGGACUACGAGGUCUCAUGUAAACUGCGAAAUGAGGGAGUCAAGCACGCCAUCGAUCGUGGCUACGUACCUAUCGUCGAGCUUCUACUAGACGAUGGGGCUGACCCGAAUCAAGCUCUUGCGAGCGCUGCUCGCUAUGGUCAACACAAAGUCUUGAAACUGCUCUUAGAUCGUGGGGUCAACAUCAGCGAUGCGGUUGUCGAAGUGGGUAUAAACGAAAGCUGCACAGUAGUACCCACCAAGCUCUUAGCGAAUAUGGAAAGAGGACCUCAUCUGGACGUAGUGCGGCUCCUUCUUGACGCCGGCGUAGACGUCAACGAAAGCAUUGGCAAGGACAGCCCUCUCGUCGGAGCAAUCGCCGCAGAACAUACAGCACUGUUUGAGUUCCUCCUCGAACGAGGAGCGGAUCUGCAUUCCCCUGGGACAGCAGAAGAGUGCGUACGAAGAGCGAAAAAGGUUGGACUGGAGUCUAUGCUACUGUUGCUCGAAAAGCAUGGGGUUGAUGUCAAUGUUGAGUUGGAAGAAGGGGCAUGA